GCACCCUCCACCGUCUUCUAUCACCAACACCACCACCACCACCAAAUAUCUCACCCACACUCUUCCAGUGUGAGCCAUGACUCUUUUCAGACAAGGACUCGCCACCGCUUCCCGGGUCGGCUCCGCCUCGACCAGCCGUGCCGUGCUCGCUGCGGCACGACCAUCGGUUGCCACAGCACCGAACGCUAUCGGUGCCAACAGCUUCGCACCGUCUCCCGCCGCCACACAGCGGAGAGGAUACCACGAGAAGGUCAUUGACCACUACGAGAACCCAAGAAAUGUCGGUUCUUUCCUCAAGAGUGACAAGGACGUUGGCAUUGGUCUUGUUGGUGCGCCAGCCUGCGGCGACGUCAUGAAGCUCUCAAUCAAAGUCAGCGAGGCGGGUAUCAUCGAGGACGUCCGCUUCAAGACUUUCGGCUGCGGCUCCGCCAUUGCCUCGUCGUCAUACAUGACGGAGCGAGUCAAGGGCAUGACGCUCGAGGAGGCCGGUGCGAUUCGCAACACCGAGAUCGCAAAGGAGCUCAGCCUGCCUCCCGUCAAGCUUCACUGCUCCAUGCUGGCAGAGGACGCCAUCAAGAGUGCCAUCCGUGAUUACAAGAAGAAGCGCGACGAGACUGGAAACACAAAGGCAGGCCACAUCGACGUCUCGCAGUCGGUCACGACGGGCAAGACGACAGCCACACCCCACGUCGGUUCUGGCAUGAGCUGAGCUAAUGACCUGCUUUGUUUCUUUGCGUAAAAUUGUUAUAUAACGGCGCCCGUCGCUCGAAGACCGAGGUUGAGGCUUGCUGCGUUUCCUGUCUCACCAGCCCUCUUCUACCAUAGUGAAGACCGUCCCUCCUGUCCAUCCCCAUUUCGAAUUUUGGGUCACCUCUUGUAGUAUCUCUCCUCUUUCAACGAU